AUACUAUGGUGACCUUUUUCUGGUUGGCCUUUACAUCAAGUUACGUAGCGCAUGGCUUUGUUGCAGGCAAACUCCAGGUCUUGCAUUCGGGCAGGGCCACAGAGAAAUCCCACUUGCUCAGCUGGGCUGUCUAGUGGAUAUCGGUUUGGCGGGUGUCAUUAUACAAUCGGAUUGAUGACGAGGAAGAGGAAAUCGGAUGCAACGCCUCUCGACGAGGCUGAUCGUACGCUUUACUCGACCUUCUGCAGCGCUGCCAACUCGCUUUCUCAACUCUACACCCAUGCCAUGAAUCACCAAAAGGUCGCUUUUCAGGCCGGUGAGCGCCAGGCUCUGGAAAAACUCUAUCAAUGGAUCAUAAAAAAAGAUGAGGAAGGUUCGAGGGUGACAGCUGCUGAUAUAGUUGCACAUAUUGAGAAUGAGAUUGAUUUUGGUGGAGAUGAUGCAGCCAUCUCCCCGAGAUUGCACUUUCAGCAUCAAUUCCCUCAAAGUACACCACACCUUCCAAACUCUAGCAUCCAAUCUAGUCCAGGUUUUGUGGGGCAGCAUUCUUAUGUAGUUCCUCGCACAUCUCAUUCUGAACAGGUAAAGAACUCAGUUUUCUUAAAUGCUCUUUCCAGUCCAGUUGACAGAUGCCUCCAUCCCUACCAGCUAGCCCAAGGAGAAGGGCCCUGUGGUCAAGGAGGAACUAGGAGUAAUUAUGUGAAUUCGUCAACUGAUGUUCAGGAAUCUAAUUCUCCAAACCCCAAUGAUGCUUCCAUGGAAAUACACUGAGGCUGCCUCAUUGAUCUAUGGAAUCAUUUUUCAUCGAGUGUGAUAAUGACCAGCAUAUAUCUCUCUAAUUCAAGAGCCCCAUAAGUUCCGAGUAAGGUUGCGUGUUACAUCAUCAAAGCAGGUAUGUUGGAGCAUGCAGCGAAGGUUAUAUGUAAUGUGUUAAUUCAUGAAAUGCUUGAAAUAUGUUUUCCAUGACUAACGUUGGUUUGCUUCUAGGAGCCAACACUCAAGAGACUUGGCAUUAAAUUAUGUUGAAUUUGUUUUAUUAUUGGUGUUCAUCCAUGAUUCUGGGCUUGAUAUAGCACUCAGGUGUCGCAUAUAUUUUAUAUGUACAUAAUUAAUGUAUAAAUUGCAGCCAAAUAUAUCAUUUAUCUUUUGCGUUUA